CAGCCUUCUCAGUUACACUCAGCUGAACUCACUCCUCCUCUCACCAUGUCCUACGGCUGCUCCUCCGGAAACUUCUCCCGCUCCUUUGGGGGCUACCUGCAAUACCCAGGCAAUUCCUGCAGCUCUUCCUACCCCAGCAACCUGGUCUACACCAGUGAUCUCCAGUCUCCCACCAACUGCCAACUGGGCUCCUCCCUCUACAGUGGCUGUCAGGAGUCUGUCUGUGAGCCCACCAGCUGCCAGAGGUCCUGUGCUGUGUCCAGCCCCUGCCAGACAUCCUGCUACCGCCCCAGGCUGUCCACGUUCUGCAGUCCCUGCCAGACAACUUACUCUGGAUCUCUGGGCUUUGGGUCCAGCAACUACAGUUCUUUGGGCCAUGGAUCUAGAAGCUGCUACUCACUAGGCUGCAGAUCUAAUGGCUUCAGAUCUCUGAAUUAUGGAAUCCGUAGCUUUCCUAUCCUGAAUUAUGACUCCAACUUCUGUAACCCAAUCUCUUUUCCUUCUAGGGGUUUCCAUUCCUCUUGUUACAGGCCAUUUUGUAGGUCUGCCUUUUACUGA